CCCCGGGUUGCCCCGCAGGGGAGGGAGCGUGGGCAGGCGCCGCCCCACGCCCCGCUCCGCCCCGCCGCCUAUUCCCCGGAGAGGCGCCCCGGCACGGGCAGAAGGCAGAGGCCGCAGGCGGGAGUGGAGUCGUAGAGGCAGCGCUGGCGACCUGUUUGCUUCUCACUUUCCAACUUAGUGUGGUUUUCUGCCAUCAGCUUUGCAAGCAAGUUUCUUUGAGCUUGUUCAUGAGUUUGUUUCGAGACCACUGGAGUACUGAACACAGCUUCGCUCCAUCACAGAAGAAAGCAUGUCAUGUUGUUGAUUUUUUGCAGUAUUCUGACAGAAAGGCCGCUUUUGCAAGCACCAUGGCCCGUGUCUUCGUCUACGGCACGCUCAAGAAGGGCCAGCCCAACUACAAGCACAUGAUCAACACGGCCAAAGGCCUGGCGAAAUUCCAAGGAAGGGGCCACACGGUGGAGAAGUACCCGCUGGUGAUUGCAGGGAAAUACAAUAUUCCUUACAUGCUGAACAUCCCGGGGACAGGCCACCACAUUGCUGGGGAGAUUUACUCUGUGGAUGAGCAGAUGCUGCAGUUCCUGGAUGAGUUCGAAGGCUGCCCAGACAUGUACCAGCGCACCCUGAUGAGGAUCCAAGUGGUGGAGUGGGAAGGGAAGGGCGGCGCGGGAGAGGCGCGGGCAGCAGCCGACGGCGUCCUGGAGUGCUUCGUGUACAGCACGGCCACGUUCCCGCCCGAGUGGGUCGGGCUCCCCUACUAUGACAGUUACGACUCCUCGGGGAAGCACGGCCUCUCCUACGUCCUACGGGAAAGCCGGGAAUAGAAGCGGGAGGUGACGCGGCCUGGCUGAAGACAUAGUGCUAAGCAGGUGUUGCUCGGUAACCUUUCCAGGAAAGCUGUAAUACCUUGUUAUUAAAAUGCAGGAGCUCUCGUAACCUUCCCAACCCAGGAGCCUUGGCACUAGUGUUGAAGUCCUCCCCAGGCAGUCAGUGUCAUCCUGGCCCCCCCGGCCUGCUGCAGGUAACUGCGUUUGCACCAGGUGUAAAAUAACUCUAUGUGCACAUGGGGUCUGGGGUCUAAUUAUUCCCCCUUUGCCUUGGUGCAUAAUAAUGGAGGUUAGUGAAAGGCAGAGGAAUGGAUUUUUAUUUUUUCCCUGAAAUGACAAAAUUUGAAACUGAUUUAAAUGUCUGCAAAGUAAAGCACAACUCCUAUUGAAUAUUGACUUGUAAUGGGUUUAGUAAGCUACUGCAUGUAAACAGGGAAAGCUGAUCCGGUAACUUGGUGCUUCUAGACAAAUAGGAAAUUGCUGGAGAAAAUGUAAAGAUUAUUCUUAAAGAUUAUUCAUUGCAAUGGUUUUAUUUCUGAAUGGAAAGGUGUAUUUUUAAACCGUGUUUAGUUUUAAAAGGCACUGUCAAGAAAUACUGAGAGAAUAUAGGAGAGUUACAUUUAAAACUGUAUUUUAAAUUUUAUAUUCUAAGCACUUUGGGUUCUGCUUCUGUUCACUGCGUGACUGUCGGAUUUGGGGGUGUGUGUCUGUGUGCCUCUCUCUGUGUGUGUGGGGGUGUGUGUCUGUUUUGGGGGCUGUUGGGGACCAGGAAAAGCAAAUCUACACUUGAGCCCUUGUGAGCACUUACUGUCAAGGUGACUUUUUGCCAAGCAUUUUAAUGCAGAACUUGCAACCAUAUGCAAACUGAGUUUCCUAAGGGGCGGGGAAAUUGUAUAUACAUUACAAAAAUACCCAAAGGACCUGUAUGGUGAUUAUUGCAACAUUUAAAUUGGAAUAUAUAUAUGUAGAGAAGACUGUUGUCCUCCUGACCCAACCAACUGUGCUGGUUUCUGUACAAUCUGGAAAAAACCGUGGCUUUCUGUUGUUAUACUCCUGUGCCUUAUAUUUUUCUUCAGCUGCAGUGUUUGGUACAGGUAGAUUGUAAAGCUGCCAAAGGGAGGGAAGCAGGCAUUGUAUGCCAUGCAGUGAGCCAAAUGCAGCAAGGAUACAAUUAAGAACAAUAUUGUACUUUUGCCUCACUGCCAGUAGCCCUAUGAUGGCCAGAGGAGAUCCGGGGUAGGGAAUCAGCCUAAACUUUAGCAGUAGUAGGCACUGCUGCCUCUCAUUUAGAAAAGCUUUUAUGUUGCUGCAAAAAGCAAAACAAGUAACUUGCUAGUAGAAUACUUGUGUCUCUUUACAGUACUUGUCUGUUUAGGGCAGCCUGCAGAGACUGAACUGUGCUCCUUUGGGAAGGGGUAAGAUGGCAGUAAGGAGACUUGUAAGGAGAUCUGCAGGGUGCCUGCCUCAGUUUCUCCAACUGCAAAAACUGAAAGGUACUAUCCAAACACUCUCCUUCCUCAUCGGGAUGAGUUUUAUAAACUAAUUCCCAAAUCAGAUCCCUGGACUACAUAUUCCCCCUCAGCCAUGUGAUGUAGUUAAUUAGCAGUGUCUCAAUAACAGGAAGAAUGCCUCUUCAGACUGAAGUUUUAAGCAGAAUCAAACUUUCCUGGUUGAAUAUGAGUCAUCAGCCCUGUCAUCAACUGUUUUCAUCCUUUACCUUCCAGUAAAGGGCCCAGACACCUCUGGCCAGAGGGUUUCUUUCUGGGAAAUAGCAGGAUUCUGCACGUCCUGGGCAAGAAAAUGAGAGCAGGCCCACUCCACUCUGGGGCAGUGGUCAAGGUCCCUUUGUCUCCCUUUCCUGUAAGCAUUCAGGAGGAGGCCUGGUCUGAGGGACAGCACGUGCUCUUAGCAGUACCUUGGGGCAGUUAAAGACCUCUGAGAACAGUGCCAGCUCCUUCUGCAAAUUCAUCCAGUAAUCAGCAUCAAGAAGAUAGGGGUGGGGAAAUUGAGUAUAGAGUUUGAAUAUAAGAAGACAUUUCCCUUACAACUUUAAAUGAAAAUACACGACAAAUAUCUGCACUAGCAAAAUAAAGCCUCUAAGCUGUAAUUUAAAUCUAAUCUAUACAAAGCAUUAAAAAUACAAUAAUAUAGAAGUAUUUAAAAUAUAUGUAAUAUAUAAUAAUUUAUUAUUAGUUAAUAAGUAAUAAUUCAGUAAAUAUAUAUCCUAAUUCAAAAUAAAUCUGAUCAGAAUUUAAGCUAUUGGUGGUACUUGUGCAGCACUUAGACAGAAUCAAGGAGAACUGCUCAGUGGUUAAUUUUUCAUUCUUUCCAGCCAUUUUGUACAGCCUGGCUGGGGCCUCAAACCAGGGACAUUGCUGUGGAGAAGACAAAUCAGAUUUUGGCUUUUGCUGUGUUUUCUUUUUUUUUUAAAAAAAGAGGCUUUUCCUGUUUCAAAGCAGAAAUGGUAUUUUAUUGAUUUUAUUUGAUCCUGAAAAAUCAAAGCAUUACAAAGGUUAUGUACAAGUAUUUCUGGAAGUAAAAAUCUGGGAUCUGUUGCCAAGAUUAAACAUCUGUGUUUGCUGUCUUAACCACUGAUACAGUAAAUAUGCCUGUAUAAAAUCUUGUGCAUAGUACUGUCUGUUUUUUGUGUUGAAUUGUCUUAAUGUUACUUUACAGAUAAAAAUAAUAAAGGCUUAGUUAAUUCAA